CUUCCCUGAUCCUCGCUCCUGCUUCUGCCCUGUGAACCGUACUCUGUAACUGUAAAACAAUGGAGGACUCGCUUGUCUCGCGUCGUCCGAAGCGGAGCACCGCGGGGAACCGCAUGGAGGCCGCGCUCGCCGAAUUCAAGGAGGAGGAACUAGGCAUGGACGUCGACGAGGACGCAGAUUUUGCGAUGGACAAGGACGAGGAAGAUAUCUUCGAAUCCGACUUUGAGUCUACGGAUGAGGAGGGUCAGCAGGAGGAUGUCGACGCGGUUGCGGAGAAGAUGAUUCGCCAGGAGGAGUCACACACGCGCAAGACCAACCGAACGCAUUUAGAACGCAUCACCGCGCUCGCGCACGCACGGCAAGCCGCCACCUUCCAUCCCGAACUCGUAGCGCCGCCCGAGAAAGAGAAGACAGAGAAGAAGAUCCGCAGGCGCGUCUCGCUCGGCGUCGCCGUGGAUGCAGAAACAGGAGAAGUUACUUCCCUCGGACAGGAUACUGUGGACGAGGUUGAGUCUGCGAGUGUAGCACUUGGCCGAAGGCACAGUACACGCACGCACACCGUCGCGAACACCUCCGCGACAGUUAGCAGGGUGAAGGACGAGGAGCGCAAGCAAUCGUCCGCGCCUAAGCGUGCCAAGUUCAAGAAUAAGGCACUCACGCAGGCAGAGCUCAUCGCACGCGCGCUCGACAUGGAAGAAGGGAAUACUGAAGAGCACAAGAACUACCUGACUAUCGAGGAAGAGAAACGUCGAAAGGCUCGGGUAGUUCGCGCAAGCGUGCAAGGCCCCCUGCUGCGGUGGACCAGCAGGACAGAAGAAAUUACUGUCCGGAUAGACCCUGCUCCCCCUGCGGUCAUGUAUACCCAGUAUCCGCCACCUUACGGCGGCGCACCAGGGUACUCGUAUGUUCCUCCGCAAUACAUGCCCCCGCACCAUGCAUCACCAUCUGGGCCACAGUCACCGUUCCAGCAAUGGCCCCCGCCUCCACCCCCAGCCCCAGCUAUGUACCAUACUGAGCCUCCACCUCAACCCUACGUUCCUCCUCCACCCCCACAGCCCGUCUUCCGCAAGGAGAAGGCCGCGAAACAGUACGUCGUACACGAGCUGGAGCAGGUCGAAAAGGCAACCCGGCCAACGUGGAGCAGUACAAUGACGGCUAUGUUUGGCGAUCACGCCGACUGGGAGAACAUGCGUGUUUACACAACCAAGGGUCGGCCAUUCGUUCGCCCGACGCAAAUAUGCCCCAUCACAGGCAGGGCGGCGCGUUACUUGGACCCGCGGACCAACGUCCCCUAUGCGGACUUGGAGGCUUAUCGGGUACUCAGCGGGGUGCUCCGCCACGAGCAUGUCUGGAGCUCCGCUCUGGGGUGCUACGUUUCGAAAGAAGGCAGCGUGUUCGCAGGUCCGAGUUGA